CAAAAAGGUUGAGGCCAUUUAUCUGAACAAAGGCAACUCAGAAGGCUUUGGCAGAACAAUGGACCAAGGCAAUAAUGUUCUCACGGGAGAACAAUUCAAGAAGUUAAGGAAUCUAAGGUUCCUUCGAUGCGAGAGGGGCACAUUUUAAUGGAGAUUUUAAGGGCUCAAUGAAGGAGUUAAAAUGGCUUCAUUGGGAGUAUCAUCCCUCGCCUUUUGACGGAAAUAAUUUUCAUGUAAAGGAAUUACGUGUGCUCAAGUUGUGGGGAGAGAUAUCGGAUAAAUGGCAAGGAUGGAGUUCCAUCACGAUGGCAAAGAAGCUAAAAUAUCUCAACCUUGCAAAUUGUCGAUCUUUAGAAGGAACUUCCUUCCUCUCAGCUUUUGAGAAUUUGGAGGUUCUGAUCUUGCACGGAUGUGAGGAACUAAAGCAAAUUGACUCUUCGAUUGGAAACAUGAGGAGUCUGGAAUGCUUGGACUUGACAGGGUGUGAUCUCCUCGAGGGACUGCCAGCAGAAGUGGGUAAAUUAAAAACACUGAAGCAACUCAUUCUACAUUGGACUUUUAUUUCUUCACUGCCGGACAGCAUUUGGGCUUUGCAGAAUCUAGAAAUUCUAGAUAUUCAGGCCGCUCAGAUAGAAAAUUUACCAGAAAGUGUAGGGGCUUUGCAUAAUCUAAUAAUUCUGAAUAUUAGUCAAACUAACAUAAAAAAAUUACCCAAUGGUAUUAGAACAUUGAGAAAGCUCCAAUAUUUAUCUGCUGCAAAUUGUGAAAAACUGGAAGAGGAAAUUCCGGAAGGCAUCUAUAAUCUUUCUUCCCUGCAUCACCUUGAUUUGUCUUUUUGCUAUAAGCUCCCAUCGCUGUCGGUGCUUCCUUCCAGCUUAAAAUAUUUGAGCAUCACCUGUAAAAGUCGCCGAUUGUCUUCACUUUCCAACCUAACCCAUCUCAAGAAACUAAGACUACUAGAUUGCGAAUCCCUCGAGUGCUUCGGGGAGCAUCCAUCAGCACUAUUAGAAAAAUCUGUAAACACUCCCUUCGAAUUGGAAAUCCUGAUAAUUGUUCGCUGCAGGCGUAUGGAAACGCUAGACGUUUCACAAUUUAACCAUCUGAGGAGAUUACAAGUGGAGGAUUGUGAUAAGGUACUUGAAAUUCGAGGUCUUAACAAAUUGGAAUAUUUGGAAAGCUUGGAAAUCGCAGCUUCCAAAUCUCCCAAAGCUUGUUCUAUUGAAAGGUUAGACCUCCCAAUGUGCAAGAAAUUGAGGAUAUUCGAAGCUAAAAGUUGCAUAAACUUAAUUGAAAUUCAAGGCCUCGAUAAGUUGGGGUCUUUGGAAGGGAUAGAUAUUUCUGGGAGUACUUCAAUUGUGAAGCUAGACCUUCCAAAGUCCAAGGAUAUGAAGAUAUUCAAUGUUAAAGAUUGCGUAAGAUUGGUUGAAAUUCAAGGCCUCGAUAGGUGGGAGUCCUUGAAAGGAAUAGAUAUCUCUGGGUGCACUUCAAUUAUAAGGCUGGACCUUCCAAAAUCCGAGGGUAUGAAGAUAAUCAAUGCUAAAAAUUGUAAAAACUUAGUUGAAAUUCAAGGCCUCAAUAGGUUGGAGUCCUUGGAAGAGAUGGAUAUCUCUGGGUGCGAGUCCUUGGAAGAGAUAGAUAUCUCUGGGUGCUCUUCAAUUGUGAGGUUGAGCCUUCCAAAAUCUGAUGGUUUGAAGAUAUUGGGUGAUACGAAUUGUCAAAAGUUGGUUAACAUUCAAGCCCAAAAUUCCUUACAAAGGACAGAACACUUUGCUAAAUAUUUUAUUCAGGGGCUGGGUCGUCCAAUGUUCGAGGAUUUGAGGGAGUUAUAUGGUGGAUUAUACAAAAGCUUAUAUGGAGUUUAAAGGUAUCAUAGGUUGAAGUUCUUGCAAAUACUAAGUAUGUCUGGAUGCAUUUCCUUUGGAAGGUUACCAAAUACAUGUUGCUUUGACUUGGUAAUCAAUCGUUGUGACAACCUUCAUGAUAUUCAGAGCCUAGAGAGAUCCAGGGCUUGAGAAGUCAACAUCUCUCGAACACAUUGCCAUCAUAGGAUGUUGCUCGAUCGAGAUCUUACUUGAUUUGUCAUCAUGUACCAACUUGGUCAGUUUGGUUGUGCAAAAUUGCGAGAAAUUGACGAUGCUUCAUGGGCCCAAGAAAUUGGAGAAACAAAGGAAAUUGGACAUUUCUGGAUGCAAGUCACUUGAAACAAUACCAAAAUUAUUCAGAGCACGGCGUUAUCGAAAUUACAAGAAUAAGCCAUUUUACUUGUAUCCUAGAAUGAUAGAAUUUGGAGAAGAUGAUUGGGAUUAAUCGGAAUAAUUGAGACGAUCCACAUUAUCUGACAAAG